AUGGUGAAGGAGCAGUUCAGAGAGGCCGAUGUGGCCAAAAAGAUAAGCCAUGUUACGUUUGGUAUGAUGAAUUCUCAACAGAUUCAACAGUUGUCUCAUAUCCAGGUGGUCAGUAAAAAUCUUUAUAACCAAGAUGGCAGUCGGAAACCAAUCGUUAAUGGUGUCCUCGAUCAUAGAAUGGGUACAAGUGAUAAGGAAAACAGUUGUGAAUCGUGUGGAAAAGGACUGGUUGAUUGUAUUGGUCACUAUGGUUACGUUGAUCUGGAACUACCAGUCUUUCAUAUUGGAUAUUUCCGCACUGUUAUAACUCUACUUCAAAUGAUUUGCAAAAAUUGCAGCAAUAUUUUACUACAACCAGAAGAUAAGAAGAAUUUUCUCGACGCCCUGAAACGAUCUGGCAUGACGUACUUACAGAAAAAAGGAAUGAAAAAAAAAAUACAUGAAAAAUGUCGAAAAGUUUCCAAAUGUCCAAAUUGUGGAGAAUAUAAUGGAAUGACGAAGAAAUGUGGAAUGUUAAAAAUAAUACACGAUUGUUAUAAAGCUGGUCGUCGUGGUGGAGAACAGAUACUAGCAGAGUUCGUCGGUUCGUUUGAUAACGCUGUCAAACAUAAUAAAGAAUUAGAACCAAUGCUUGGAAAGAUUCAGGACGUAUUAAAUCCACUGGUUGUUCUGAAUUUAUUUAAACAAGUCAAAGAUGAGGAUAUUCCGUUAUUGAUGAUGAAUCCGAGCGUAGGACGACCUGAAGAUAUGAUACUAACACGUAUAGUAGUGCCACCUAUCUGUAUUAGACCCUCUGUAGUUUCCGAUCUCAAAUCAGGAACAAAUGAAGAUGAUAUUACGAUGAAGUUUACAGAAAUUAUAUUUUUAAAUGACGUCAUACAGAAACAUCGAGCUUCCGGAGCUAAAAUGCAGAUGAUCAUGGAAGAUUGGGAUUUUCUGCAACUCCAGGUGGCGCUACUCUACAACAGCGAAACUUCUGGUAUUCCUUUACACAUGCAGCCUAAGAAAUCAUCUCGAGGUUUUGUUCAGAGAUUAAAGGGUAAACAAGGUCGUUUCCGUGGUAACCUGUCAGGAAAGCGAGUAGAUUUUUCAGGAAGAACAGUUAUUUCCCCUGAUCCUAAUAUGAGAAUAGAUCAAGUUGCUGUGCCGACACUUGUUGCUAAGAUACUGACAUAUCCUGAACAUGUAACGUCUGCUAAUAUUGAGUUGAUGAGAAAACUGGUAAAAAACGGGGCUGACAAUCAUCCUGGAGCUAAUUUUAUACAACAUCGGGGUGGUACUAAUAUUAAACGAUUUUUAAAAUAUGGUGAUCGAGAGAAGAUAGCGAGUACAUUGAGAUUCGGUGAUAUCGUAGAACGUCACAUGAUUGAUGGUGAUAUCAUACUGUUUAAUCGUCAACCUUCGUUACAUAAACUCAGUAUACAGGCUUUCUAUGCUAAAGUGAUGCCAAACCGAACCUUCCGGUUCAAUGAAUGUUGUUGUAAUCCAUUUAACGCUGAUUUUGACGGAGAUGAAAUGAAUCUACAUUUACCACAGACAGAGGAGGCCAAGGCUGAGGCCAUCACUUUAAUGGGGUCGAAAUCUAAUAUGGUGACACCAAGAAAUGGAGAACCAUUGAUAGCUGCUAUACAGGACUUUAUUACAGGAGCGUAUCUGGUGACUAAUAAAGAUGUAUUUGUUGAUCGUAGUCGAGCCUGUCAACUAGUGGCAUCCAUGUUAUCUGCUAAAGACGAGAAAAUCAAAAUAGAUUUACCACCUCCUGCUAUCUUUAAGCCGUGUAAAUUAUGGACUGGUAAACAGUUGUUUAGUUUAUUAAUAAGACCUAAUAAACAAUCUCCAGUUCAAGCUAAUCUACGAACUAAAGGCAAGAAUUAUUCUAAAGAUGAAGAACUUUGUUACAAUGAUUCAUUUGUUGUUAUAAGAAAUAGUGAGUUACUAUGUGGAGCUAUGGAUAAAGGAACACUAGGCUCGGGGUCGAAGGCUAAUAUCUUCUAUAUUAUAUUACGUGACUACGGGGAGCAGUACGCUGCAGACGCUCUGUCCAGACUAGCUAAACUCUGUCCUGCUUUUCUCUCCAAUCGAGGGUUUUCUAUUGGUAUAGGAGACGUAACACCAGGUUCCGGAUUGAUCAAGGCUAAGAAUAAACUACUAGAAGAUGGUUAUAAGAUGUGUGAUGGAUUGAUUAGAGAUUUAGAGGAUGGGAAACUACAGACCCAACCUGGCUGUUCUCCUGAGGAAACUUUAGAGGCGAUGAUUUUACGAGAGUUAUCUGUUAUUCGAGAUCACGCUGGUAAAGCCUGUUUACGAGAACUUCAUAAAAGUAACAGUCCUCUAACUAUGGCUAUCUGUGGUUCUAAAGGUUCGUUUAUCAAUAUAUCUCAGAUGAUAGCGUGUGUAGGUCAGCAGGCUAUCAGUGGAAAACGUGUACCCAAUGGUUUCGAAGAUAGAGCUCUACCUCAUUUCGAACGACAUUCGAAGGACCCAGCUGCACGAGGUUUUGUGGCCAACAGUUUUUAUACUGGUUUAACUCCAACUGAAUUCUUCUUUCAUACCAUGGCUGGACGUGAGGGUCUAGUAGACACUGCUGUCAAGACGGCUGAAACUGGAUACAUGCAGAGACGUCUUGUUAAAUCUUUAGAAGAUCUAUGUCUACAGUAUGAUAUGACUGUUAGAACAUCAGUAGGUGAGGUUGUCCAGUUUGUGUAUGGAGCAGAUAAUCUCGACCCAGCUGCUAUGGAAGGCAAGGAAAAACCCAUGGAAUUUAAACGAGUCCUGGAUCAUAUUAGAGCUAGUACGAUGAACUCGUAUCGUGACGAACCUUCGUUAAAUGAAGAGCUAUUAAUAGCAACAUGUGAGAAUAUUUUAUCUCAAGCUCCGUGGACUUCCUGUACUAAAGAUUUCAGAAAUGAAUUAAUGGAGUUUAUCCGAUCACUAGGUAGUAAAAUAACAGGAGAUAGAGAUAGAUUUAUAGAUCCUUCACAGAAAACAGCUCCUAAAGUAAUUUAUGAGCUAGAGAGAGUAAGUCCAAGUCAACUGACCCAGUUUUUAAAUUGUUGUUAUGAUAAAUUUAUGAGAGCUCAGAUUGAACCAGGAACUGCAGUCGGAGCUGUUUGUGCUCAAUCUAUAGGAGAACCUGGAACUCAGAUGACCCUCAAGACUUUCCAUUUUGCUGGGGUGGCGUCCAUGAACAUCACACUGGGAGUUCCUAGAAUCAAAGAAAUAAUCAACGCAUCUAAAAAUAUCAGUACACCUAUUAUAACAGCUAAUUUAGAUGUUGAUAACGAUGCAGAGUUUGCCAGGGUCGUCAAAGGUCGUAUUGAAAAAACUACGUUAGGAGAGGUGUGUGAAUAUAUAGAAGAAGUUUAUAUCUCUGAUGAUUGUUUUGUUCUAAUUAGACUGGAUCUUGACAGAAUCAAACUUCUCAAGCUUGAAGUAAAUGUUGACACGAUAAGAUUUUCUAUUUGUUCAGCUAAACUGGGAGUUAAACCACAGGAUGUACAGGUUCACAAUGAUAGUAUAUUAUCAGUCAGCGCCAGGGAAACCAGUAAAAGUUCCAUGUAUUGUAUUCUACAGAAUCUUAAAAAACUUUUACCUGGUGUUAUGAUCAAGGGUGUACCAUCAGUAACACGAGCUGUAAUACAUAUAGAUGAGAAGAAGGGAGAUAACUGCUAUAAACUAUUAGUAGAGGGAGAUAAUUUACAGGCAGUUAUUGCUACUAAAGGUGUAAAAGGUACAGACACUACCUCUAACAAUACAUACGAAGUUUAUAAAACUCUGGGUAUCGAAGCAGCGAGGAAAACCAUCAUGAACGAAGUUAUUUACACCAUGGUUAACCACGGAAUGAGUAUAGAUAUUCGACAUGUUAUGUUAUUAGCUGACCUCAUGACCUUUAAGGGAGAAGUGUUGGGUAUCACCAGAUUUGGAUUGGCUAAAAUGAAAGAAAGUGUCCUGAUGUUGGCCUCAUUUGAGAGAACAGCUGACCAUUUAUUUGAAGCCUCGUAUUACGGUCAAACAGACACCAUCAAUGGUGUAAGUGAGUGUAUUAUAAUGGGUAUACCAAUGAGUAUCGGAACUGGUCUCUUUAAACUUUUAUAUCAAACCAACAAACCAGCGAAAUUACCUAAACGACCACUUCUCUUCAACAACCAAGAAUUCCAUAUCCCAGAAGCCAAAGUUAGCUAGCAGACGUCAAACAGUUAAGGAAUGUUUAAAUUAAUUUAUUUACUUUACUGGUGCUCAAAAGUGCUGAAUCAUUGUAGUGGAAGUUUUGACAUAUUGUUCAUGUAUCCCAGAAGCCUCGGUUAGUUAGCAGACGUCAAAUAGUUUGCAUUAAAUUAUUAACUUGAUUGGUGCUCAAAAGUGCUUAAUCAUGGCAUUGGAAGUUUUGACAAGAAUAUUGUUAAUGUAUCCCAGAAGUCCUCAGUAAGCUAGCAGACGUGACGUGAUAGGCCAUUUUGAAAGUGAAUUGUGCUGAAUCAUUUUCAUUGGAUGGGCCAUUUUGAAAGUGGAUUGUGCUGAAUGAUUUUCUUGGAAUAGGCCAUUUUGAAAGUGGUUUGUGCUGAAUCAUUUUCGUGGAAUAGGCCAUUUUGAAAGUGGUUUGUGCUGAAUCAUUUUCGUGGAAUGGGCCAUUUUGAAAGUGGAUUGUGCUGAAUCAUUUUCAUUGGAUGGGCCAUUUUGAAAGUGAAUUGUGCUGAAUCAUUUUCAUUGGAUGGGCCAUUUUGAAAGUGAAUUGUGCUGAAUCAUUUUCAUUGGAUGGGCCAUUUUGAAAGUGAAUUGUGCUGAAUCAUUUUCGUGGAAUGGGCCGUUUUGAAAGUGAAUUGUGCUGAAUCAUUUUCAUGGAAUGGGCCAUUUUGAAAGUGAAUUGUGCUGAUACGUGCAUUGGCGAAUGUUAGUGAAAAAUGUGGAUUAAAAAAUGAGAUGUAAGAUUUGGAUGUAUUUGUUCAUGGUGGAUGAAGUAAUUGUGUUGACAUGAUAGUGAGACUUGGAUCAGAUCUUUGAAAAAAUCAUAAACUGUUUAAAAACAUCCCAAAGAUAUGACUUUUCAAACACACUUGACUGACAAGAAAAGUUUUAUCGGUUUUGUCAAAAACAUGAAAACAAAAACACUAGAGAUUCCGUCAUAAAAUUUAUUGUGACCAUUAAAACAAAGUUAUACAUUGUUAUACAAUAAAAUAUAAUAUGUCACUGAGUUUAUAUUUCUCUCUUAUACAAAAUUAAAACAUAAUCUGAAUAUUAACAUCAUCAGAGUAGGUGGGAUGGACACUAUUCUCAAAUUAUUAAACUGAUCAUUUCACAUAAUCAUACUGGAAAGUAGGUAAAUGUAUAAAUAUAUUUGUUAGGAGAAAAAUAAAUUGUAAAGUUGAGAAUACUGUUUUUCUUCAAAAUAAUAAUCAAUAGAAUAUUACACAACAAAAUAAAACUAGAAUAUAAUUCUAGAAAUAACAAUUUGAUAAUUAAAAAAAUUAAAAUAAAACAAAAUAGCCCUAUUUAAAAAAGAAAAAUGGGAAUUAUAAAUGAUCUCUAGAUAAAUAAUUCUAAAAAUAAAGUAAAAUAAAAUAGUACUAUUUUCUAUUAUCAACUUCAGUUUACCUGAGUAUUAAUCAAUUUAUCCUGGUAAUUUAAUAAUUUUAAAAAAAAUACAAUCUAUGAUGUUUAGUUGGGUCAAUUUUCCCUAUGAUUUAAAUAAAAGUUUACAAUCAGUAAAGACAAUUGUAAUUUUGGAAGCUUUGUGAUUUCUGUAAAUUUUUGGUAGAGAAUAAAACUUAGCUUGGGUAGCACUUUUGAUGCAUAAUAUUUAAUUGGCAACUUUGUGGUAGAAAAGUAAACAGUAAUUUCUGUAGCUUUCAAGC